AUGAGAUGGAACCAAAUUAAAGGUGGUGGUCCGAAUCAAGAUAAUGAUUGGUUCUCGAUUGGUGAAGAUCAGGUGCAGGUGGACAAGUUCUGGGUGAUUUGGGGCCAUUUCGACGUGAAAAUCAUGGAAAACGGGUGCUGGAUUGGAUUCAUGGAGAUGAAAAUGGUCAGAUUGGUAUGCUGAUGUUCAACUUCAGCUAAAAUAAGGUGAGUCCAGGGGUCAAAUGGGGGCGAAAACGUCUAAAAUUUCUGUAAUUUCUGUUUUCUCCUUGUAUCGGUCUUCUAAAUGCUUCAUUUCAGAUAUUCAUUGGUUCUUCAGUCAUUUCCAAGGCGAUAUUGAUGUCACGAAUAAUCUCCAGGCCAAACAAAUCAUUGCUAAAGGUUGCUAAUCCAAAAUUUGUGGCGAACAUUGAAAAUUCCAAUUGGAGACGGGGUCGGAUGUAAAAACGAAUUUGAUGGUGAAGAUGUUGAUGAGAUGGAAUUAAUGGAUGGUAGAAUUAAUACACUGGUGGUUGAACUGAAGAUGGAGCUGAUUCGAAGUGAUCAUGGCGAAAGUAGGUGCCUUGGCGUCCCUUUUUGUUAUCCUGAAGAUGUAUUUGUUGAUUGAUUGGAAUUCUCUGAAAAGGUCCACGCGACACGCAACCGAAAAUUCGACGAGCCUGAACGACGAGAAGUCAAGUCCACCCGGAGAAAAUCACAGAGCACAUCAAGAGGUCUUUCAACAAGGUUCUGACAAGAAAAACGAGGACAGGUGCCAAGAACAACCACAAUAACGUCCAUCCAUGGACGAGACGAGCUCCCCACCCCUUGGAAAUAGUCUAAUGCGACCCUAAACCUAAGUGAUGAUCGUCGACAUGGUCCAGUAGAUGUUGUUCUUCACCAUUCAGCCCAGUGAUUGAAUUGAUCCAAAGUAGAAGGUCCAGGAAGUUCAUCGUGUUAUCAGGUGGUGUCUCACAGUGAAAACCCCGUUAUAAGUAACAAGAGAGAGUAUAAAAUGGUGUAAGUAUUUAUUGUUAUGAUUUAUACAAUUAGAAUUUAUGAAAGAAUUCGAAUAUCCAAUUGUAAUGGUUCAAGUUUCAGGGCGCCAACGGAAUUGGAAAUGGACUCUUGA